AUGUCUGCCGAAGCUACCACUACCCCCGCUGUUGCUGACAGCACCGCUGCCGUUGCCCCCGAGGCCAACGGUGCCCCUGCUGCCUCCACUACCGCCGAGAGCGCCAGCGAGGCCGCUGCUGCUAACGCUCAGCCUCACUCCGCUUCGCUGUACGUUGGUGAGCUUGACCCCUCUGUGACCGAGGCCAUGCUCUACGAGCUGUUCUCCUCCAUUGGCCAGGUCGCCUCCAUCCGUGUCUGCCGUGACGCCGUCACCCGUCGUUCCCUCGGCUACGCCUACGUCAACUACAACAACACAGCCGAUGGUGAGCGCGCUCUUGAAGACCUGAACUACACCCUCAUCAAGGGCAAGCCUUGCCGUAUCAUGUGGUCCCAGCGUGACCCCGCUCUGCGCAAGACUGGCCAGGGCAACGUUUUCAUCAAGAACCUGGACAAUGCCAUUGACAACAAGGCCCUUCACGAUACCUUCGCUGCCUUCGGUAACAUUCUGUCCUGCAAGGUUGCCCAGGAUGAGUUUGCUACCUCCAAGGGUUACGGCUUCGUCCACUACGAGACCGCCGAGGCUGCCAACAACGCUAUCAAGCACGUCAACGGCAUGCUUCUGAACGACAAGAAGGUUUUCGUCGGUCACCACAUCUCCAAGAAGGACCGCCAGAGCAAGUUCGAGGAGAUGAAGGCUAACUACACCAACAUCUACGUCAAGAACCUUGACACCGAGAUUGGUGAUGAUGAGUUCCGCAUCAUGUUCGAGGCGUUCGGUGAGAUCACCUCCGCUACUCUCAGCCACGACCAGGAGGGUAAGAGCCGUGGUUUCGGUUUCGUCAACUACUCUACCCACGAAAGUGCGCAGGCCGCCGUUGAAGAGAUGAACGAGAAGGACAUCAAGACCCAGAAGCUCUACGUUGGCCGUGCUCAGAAGAAGCACGAGCGUGAGGAGGAGCUCCGCAAGCAGUACGAGGCUGCUCGCGUCGAGAAGGCCUCUAAGUACCAGGGUGUCAACCUGUACGUCAAGAACCUGGCUGAUGACAUCGACGACGAGAAGCUCCGUGACCUCUUCAGCACUUAUGGCAACAUCACCUCCGCCAAGGUCAUGCGUGACAGCUUGACCGACGGCAGCUCUACCCCCGACUCUGAGGAGAAGGAGGUCAAGGAGGGCGAGAUCAAGGAGGAGGGUGAGGAGAAGAAGGAGGAAGAGGAGAAGAAGGAGGAGGUUGAGAGCGAGGAGAAGACUGAAGAGAAUAGUGAGGAAGACGAGGAGAAGGAGGGCGAGAAGGGUGAGAAGAAGCUUCUCGGUAAGAGCAAGGGCUUCGGUUUCGUUUGCUUCAGCAGCCCCGAUGAGGCCUCCAAGGCCGUUACCGAGAUGAACCAGCGUAUGAUCAACGGCAAGCCCCUCUACGUUGCCCUUGCCCAGCGCAAGGAUGUUCGUCGCAGCCAGCUCGAGGCCAGCAUCCAGGCCCGUAACACCAUUCGUCAGCAGCAGGCCGCUGCCGCCGCUGGUAUGCCCCAGCCUUUCAUGCAGCCUACCGUCUUCUACGGACCCGGCCAGCAGGGCUUCAUGCCCGGUGGCCAGCGUGGUGGUAUGCCUUUCCCUCAGCCUGGUAUGGUUAUGGGUGUCCCUGGCGGACGUCCCGGACAGUACCCCGGCGGUUUCCCCCAGCAGGGUGGCCGCGGUAUGGGUCCUAACCAGCAAAUCCCCCCCAACUUCCAUGGUAUGCCUAUGGGUAUGCAGAUCCCCGGUGGCAUGCCUAACGGUAUGGGCUACCCCAUGCAGGGUCAGUUCGGCCGUGGUGCCGGUGGCCGUGGCCAGCCUGGUAUGCCUAUGGGCCAGAUGCGUGGUGGUCCUGGCUUCGGCCGUGGUGGUCCUCAGAUGGGUCGUGGCCGUGGCCAGCCCGCUCCUGCCGGUCAGCCCGCCCAGGAAGCCGCCGCUACUCCCAGCGGAAUCAACCACCAGACUUUCGCUGCCGCUCCCGCCGCUCAGCAGAAGCAGAUGCUUGGCGAGGCUCUCUACCCCAAGAUCCAGUCUCAGCAGCCCGAGCUUGCUGGCAAGAUUACUGGUAUGCUGUUGGAGAUGGACAACAACGAGCUCCUUGGACUGCUCGACGAAGAGGAUGCUCUCCGCGCCAAGGUUGACGAGGCCCUGAACGUUUAUGACGAGUAUAUGAAGAACAAGGGUACCGAGGGUGAGGCGACUGGCGAGUCCAAGCCCCAGGAGGCCGCUAAGGAGGCUUCCUCGGAGGAGAACAAGUCCUAA